CACACGCCAAGAAAGUCCUGAAGGGUGAGAUAGUCGAUUAUCUUAAUUGAUAAUCGAUUAUCAAGGCAAUCAGGAUCAGGAAACCUGGGCGGGUAAUCGUGGUGCUUGUGUGGGAAUGGCUGGGAUUUGUGGAGAUGAUGAGGGAGUUCUUUUGGGUUACCGCGAGUAUACUAUGAAUGUGCCUGAUAUUGUUUGUAGUCUAGGUUCUGUUUGGGAAGGCUGCAUUGGCAUAUCUGCAGUGAAGUCAAUGGAUGAGCAAAAGAGAGAAAUGAAGUUGAUGGACCGUGAAGCUACAGUUUCCUCCUAUGUUGGUGGUUCAUAAAGCCUCAAAUAUGUGAAGAAGGGACAUAGAUCAUAUGAGCAUACAAUGAUAGAAGAGCAGCUUCAUAUAUGGAAGAAGAGAAUGCAAAUGAGCAAUUAAUGUUACAAUAAUGU